AUGGGUGGAAGUGCUGAGGCAUGGAAACAACGUGGAAGGCUUCUGUACAAGACCAAUGACUUCCAUUUCCACCGAAUUCUUUCUUUACACAGCGGUUUCUCCAUGGAAGCUUACAAGAGAGCCCUGAAUACACGACAAGGUUUGUCCAUUAGAAAUCUUGUGGAAUCUGUGUACCGUCGGAAAAGUAAUAUUCCUUCAAAUUUGGGACUCUUGAGAGGAUUAAUUUCUCUCAACAUAUCAAAAAAUAAUCUAAGUGGGCUAAUUCCAGAAUCCUUGGGAGCCUGGACUUUGUUGGAAUCUUUGGAUCUUUCAGAAAAUAAUUUGUCAGGAAAGAUUCCUAUUCAACUUUUAAAUCUCACAUUCCCUGCUGUGUUGAAUCUUUCUGACAACAUGUUGUCAGGGUUAAUACCACAAGGGAAGCAGUUUUCAACCUUUGAGGUUUCUUCUUUUCGAGGAAAUCCUAAUCUUCAUGGACCUCCCCUUGAAAAUAGGACAGAGAGUCCUGGUUUUGGUAGACAAUAUAAUUACAAAGAAUUGAAUAAUACAUCCACUGAAAGUGUAGAUGUAGAUGUGAUGGAUCGAUGGUGGGUAGUGGGAGUGGGGUUAAGUUACGGAGUGGGAUUUGCUACCAUGAUUGCAGUGUUGUGCUUCCACAUGAAAUGGAGAUACAUAUACUUUUCUUUCAUGGAUAAUUUUAUCUAUGAUCUCUUUGAAUAG